GCACGCGCAUGUCAAACACAGAGCGAAUCAUACCGGUAUUUUCAUUAUCCUCGCGGUAAAGAAGAGUCUGUAGUGUAUAGUAUGUCUAACAUUCUCGUAUAAUGUCAAUCGUUUCUUAGAUCAAACCAUUGUUGAGUUUUUAUUUUAUUCAUCAGCACUGUACAGAUUGUUAUUGUCUAGUUUUGUUUCACUCCCGAAAAAUGUCUCCGGCGAGACACGCGCUUCGGGAAUCCAGUGCGGAAUCCGGUUCGGACUCUGAGAGUGGUUCAGCAUCUUCAACUUCGAGCCGUAGUGCAAGUCCUGUGUCUCGAGCCCCCGUGCCAACUCCAGGUGGUGCGAGGAGCGAGCGAUCGGACGGCGAACAUGGUCCUCAGUCGCCAAUGUCUGUUGCAAGCGCAGCACGAUCGAGAAGUAGAUCUCCCAGUCCAGCCACCAAAUCUGUGACUAGUCCAAGAUCACACAGAUCUCCGAGUCAAUCUCCAGCAAGGUCAGACUCUCGUCACUCCAGCAUUGGUUCGGAGAGAACAAACAAAACAGGAUCUCGCAGAUCCCGAUCAGGGAGUGGUUCACCACGUUCCGCAAGUCCAGGCUCUCAGAAAUCUGCAAGAUCGCGUUCGGGCUCUCCAAAGUCCAUGAGGUCGCAUUCAGGCUCCCCGAAAUCAGCGAGGUCACGUUCGGGUUCUCCAAAAUCAGCGAGGUCACAUUCAGGCUCCCCAAAGUCCGGAAGAUCACGCUCAGCUUCUCCGAAAUCGGCGAGGUCACGUUCAGGCUCUCCAAAAUCAGCGAGAUCACGUUCGGGUUCUCCAAAAUCUGGAAGAUCACGUUCAGGUACUCCAAAAUCUGGCAGGUCACGUUCAGGCUCUCUGAAGUCUGGCAGAUCACGUUCAGGCUCUCCAAAGUCGGGGAGAUCGCGUUCAGGGUCCCCAAAGUCUGGAAGGUCGCGUUCAGGAUCUCCGCAUGGAAGUGCCCGAUCUGACAGCUCAAAAUCUAGACCGACAAGUCGUGGCUCAAAGUCAAGAUCACCCGGACAAAAGUCAAAGACUCCUGGGUCACCGAGAUCAAACAUUUCCGUCUACGGUGAAUCGCCGAGGAGUCGACGAUCUCCGGGAAGUCUGGGGUCACCUCAGAGCCAUAAAUCAGCAUCGCCGAAGAGCAGACGUUCACAAACACCUGGAUCAACAAAAAGCGUACGAUCUCGCAGCGGUUCGGCGGGCAGUCGUGGGUCCAUGGCGAGUGAAUCGGCCCGUAGCAAUCGAUCGAAGUCGAGAACACCCGCCAGCUCAAAAGCUGAGGUUGCCGGGAGUCCGAGUUCACAAACUCCGGGAAGCUCAAAGAUCAGCGAAAAAAGUCGAAGAUCAAGAACACCUGGAAGUCCGAGGAGUCAGGCAAGUCCGAAAACUGACGGUAGCCCAAGGUCAAGAAAGUCACAGAGUCCGAAAGACGACGGAAGUGAAGACGAGGCCAAAAAGUCGGAUGCGGACAGUGACGUCGAAGGUGUCAAACGCAAACGUGACACUUCCGGAUUCGCCUCAGAAACCGAGAAAAUAACGAAAAAAUUGAGACCUCUCAUCGACUCAGACUCUGAAGAAGAAAUGCCAAUUAAAGAAAAAACUGACGAGCCCACCGCCGAUGCUCUCUUCGGUGAUGCCAGUGACAUAAGCACUGACGAUGAAAAAGAUAAGGAAGCCGAAACAGAGAGCAAAAGAAAAAGUCGAAGCCGCAGCAGAAGUCGGAGCAGAAGUCGCAGUCGCAGUAGAAGUCGAUCAAGAAGUCGUGAGAGGUCUGACAGCGGUGGUGAAGGACCUAGCCAUCGGGCCGUCAUCAAUGACGAUGACGAGCGUGAGAAAGAGGACGAACCGGAGCCACCGCCAGAGACGCGGAUCGACGUUGAGAUACCAAAAAUUACGACGGAUCUUGGUCGUGAGAUACAUUUUGUGAAAUUGCCAAAUUUCCUAUCAGUCGAAACACGUCCAUUCGAUCACGAAACCUACGAGGACGAGAUAGACGAAGAGGAAACUUUGGACGAAGAAGGUCGAGCGAGAUUGAAGCUGAAGGUCGAGAAUACGAUAAGAUGGAAAGACGCGUUUGGAGACAAUGGAAAAAUGCAGAAAGAGAGCAACGCGAGAUUCGUUCGUUGGUCGGACGGAAGUAUGUCGCUUCACUUGGGCUCGGAAAUUUUUGACGUUUACAAGCAGCCUCUUCAGGGCGACCACAAUCACCUUUACAUUCGUCAGGGAACGGGUCUUCAAGGACAGGCUGUUUUCCGUACAAAAUUAACCUUCAGACCUCACUCGACCGAAUCCUUUACACAUAGAAAAAUGACAAUGUCGUUGGCCGACCGAUCGCAAAAAACGUCGGGCAUCAAAGUUUUGUCACAGGUCGGCAUGAAUCCCGAUCAGAACAGAUACGAAAUGAUGAAGAAAGAAGAAGAGAAAUUACGAAUCGCAAUGCGAGUGCAGAGCAAACCGAAAAAAACGAGCGGUGGUACCAGAGCUUCGGGACGAGCAUCCGGAAAUUAUGGCGCCGAUGCUUAUCACGACGACGGUUCGGAUGACGAAGGUGCUAUUUCUUUAGCCGCGAUAAAGAACAAAUACAAAAAAGGUGGUGCCACGGCCAAAGCUGCUUCAAAUAUAUAUUCGUCGGACGAGGAAGGUUCAGAUUUCGAAAAUGCAAGAUCAAAGAAGCACACGAAAGGCAAAGUUUUAAAAGAAUCGGACGAGGAUUCGAACAGCGGAUCAGAAAGUGCCUCUGGAAGUGGAGGAGAAGCUGACGAGGCUGCAGAUGCUGGAAGCGAUUAGAAAUUCAACAAACUAUUGAUUUUACAAAGUGAACUGCAGAUUGGUCAUAAAUCCUUGGAAAAUAUGUGUAAAGAGUAUGAAAAGAAAACAAAUAUUUAAAAAACGUUUUUUCUUCGACGUGGAUGACACUACCAUGAACUCUGUCGAAGAGAACCGUUUUCAAAUAUGAGGAUUGUAUUAAUGUAACGGGAAUCACGAAAAGCCAAAGGCAUUUCCGCAUAAAUAAAAUUUUUGAAAUAAGAA